GCCCGGUCCCACUGGGGGGAAGUUGAAUUACGCAUGAAUUGCGAAUACAAAUUUCGGUCAUUCGUUGUCAUCCGCAUUAAAUUUGGCAAAAAAAAUAAAAAUCCGCUUUAAAAUUGCGGAUACAUAAAAGAUGCACAGCGAACAAAUUACGAUUAAAAGCGGAAAUAUCACGAAUAAAAACGAAUUACCUUGCGAAUGCUAUUUUACGAGGGAUAUUGCUUGUAAAAUUGUGGAAUGUAUUGCAGACAUUGCGAAAAUGUAACGAAAGUAAUGCGGAAGUAUAACACAUGUAUUGCGGACAAAAAUAGGAUGCUAAACGAUUAUUGCGGAAGUAUUACGUAUGCAUAGAGAAUGCAAUGCGCACGUGGUGCGGAAACAACGGUCGCAUUGCGAAUGUGAUACAUUUGAAUCGAGACCAUAUAAAAGAGCACUCCACUCUUCAGCGUCAUUAUCUUUAUCAACAUUGUAGAAAGUAGCAACAUGUCAACAAGAGCCAAAUCAAGAGGAAAGAAGAAACAAAAGACAAGCAAAGUUGGAGAGAGGGCUCCGUCACCAGUACCACCUCCUCCACAAUGCCCAAGGUCACCGAGUCCACCUCCAGAAGACCUCCCUGGCGCCGAUGAGGUCCCUGGUCCAAGUCAGCCUAGAGAUGACAAAGCUGAAAAGAAGAAAGAGAAGAGGCCACGAAAGAGCUUCACCCUCAAACCCGACCAAGAAGAUAAUGCCUUCGAAUGGUUAGCAGAAAAUGAGCUUUCUCGACGACUCUCCUGGCCCUCGACAGCCUGUAGUUAUAGAUACGCUCUUCCCUGGUCAGGGCCUUUGCACUGUAUGGCUUCAUUAGGUAUGUUCAGAGAGAAAGCAUCGUCGCCCACAAUGAAGUAUGGGACAUCUUGGGUGUCAUUGGGUAAGGGAUCUGGAUUUGGCCAAACCAUAAUGUCGCCGUUCUCGAGACCUUGCUUCAGCUCACUUUGGUCGUAUAUUUGAGCAUCUGAUGCGGAACCGUUUCCUGAUACGUCAGCCCAAAGAACCUUGUAGUCAGAACUGACCAGGGCAACUAAAAUGAUACUGAAAAAGCCCUUGUAGUUGUAAUAUUCCGAUCCUGAGUUUGGGGGAGCUUUGCAUGCCACAUGCUUGCCAUCAAUCGCGCCGAUUGUGUGAGGAAAGUUCCACCUCUGCAAGCAGUCAUUGGCAAUUUCACGCCAUUCUUCAUCGUUGGUAGGGCAAGUCAUCUGUUCAUCAAGGUACUCUUCUGAUAUGGCUGUACAUACUUCUCUGACAACUUUGCUGAUUGUGUUGUGAGGGACCCUCCAACCGUACUGCAUGUCCCUGUAUUUUGAACCAGAGGCAAGAUGGCGUAGGGUUAUGGCCACUUUGAGUCCAGGCUCUAAGUUCGCUCUGAAGUUGGUCUGUGUCUUGAGCAGUCGAGGAGUGAGCCGGUUCACCAGUUCGUCAGACAUGUAUGGGGGCUUUCUCAUAAAGUUCUGGAAGGCACGUGGAUCUUCGUUACGCAGCUCCACCAUCAAUCUAUCGUACAUGCCCAUAAGAUCUAGCCUUCUGCCAAUCCAAGGUCUCACCAAGACAGCUCUUUGAUUCCUCCUUCGCUUUCUUUUACGUAUUUGGAUCAAACGUUGAACUUGGAAGAGAAGAUUGUUAUGUUGUUGGAUGGCUGCAACUAUCAAAUGUCCGUGAUGAUCCAUGGCAAAAUCCUAUAUUCUACACAACUGUUCUUAAAAUGACGGUCAAAUUUCAUUUUCUGUUACAUUUAUAUAGUAAUCUGGGUUUGCGAUGAAUGUUUGCUGUAUACUCGCAAAUUGUUCGCGAAACAGUCGUAAUACAAACGCACUAUUCGUGACCAGUCUGUAAGCAUUCUUUAUAAAUUAUUAUAGCUUGGUAUAAAGUCGUAUUAGGCACGCUAUGCAUUCGUUUCGCAUUCUAUCCCAGUCCGCUACUUAUCCGCAAUCCCAUGUCCGUUGCGGAUAUCACAGGAUAACUGCGAAAUUUCAGCGCAUACAUUGAGUAUGCAUUGCGUAUGCAUUGCGCAUAUAAACCGGAUGAUUUCCGCUCCCAGGAGUUUUGGGCAGCCCAAAACUCCUGGGAACGGAAAAAUGUGCCUUUGCGGAUGAUUACGGACAUGUGCGGAAAAUAACCGUCUUAAAACAGCAUACUUUACGAAUAUUGCGGAUGUUUAGCGUCUGUUAUCAAAUUUUAUCCGCAAUUUAUGCGCAAUCCAUCCUAAAUGUCACUGGGACCGGG